UCUGAGGAGUGGUUGACCGGCCCACGGCUGAAAAAGGUUGCUGACCCAUGGUUUGGAUGCCCUUUAAAUGCAUGACGUGGAUCUGCCCUCAUCAGUUAACAUUUUACUUGGAGGGGAGGAGAGGGAGCGAGGGAAGAGGUGUUGACUUAUCCUCCUAGGAGCCUUCCUCUCACCCUUCACAGCACCCAAAGGACCACCACAUGUUCCUUCCCGCUCCUCUGGCAGCAAUGCCCGCCAAAGAGGGCCCGAGCGAGGCACGGGCACCCUUUCCUGCUUUAGACUUUGCCCUUUCCAUUGGCGCCAGCUGGUUUGGCAGCUUUUGUGUAACCUUUCCUCACAUUGCAGUUAAUGUUUCCCUUUUGUUGAAAGCUGAAUCACUGGUCUGGUGUUAUUAUAGCUUGAUGCUAGGUGUAUCUGGACGUUUUCCCGGUUUUUCUUUGUAAGGGAUGCCGAUCUUUGUACCCUGCCCUGAAAGCAUAUAAAGGCGCAGCGGCCCAGGGGCAGUAAAGCAUGAUGGCAUCAGCCCCAUGGUGUGCCCUGUUCUGGGUUGCUGCAAUUAGCACUGUUGGCUUCAGAAUCCUUGAAGGCAAAGGUCCAGAAGGCGCCCACCCAGAAGUGGCCACAAAAUAUGGACGGCUUCGAGGGAUGCAAGCAAGUGUAAAGGGCACAGAGCGGCUGGUCGAUGUCUUCCUGGGCAUCCCCUUUGCAAAGCCUCCCACUGGCUCCUUGAGAUUCUCCUCACCUCAACCGCCUGAGCCAUGGAAUGGCGUGAGAGAUGCUACCACGUACCCAGCGGUGUGCCCCCAGGAUCUGGAUAUACUCAAAGGAAUUCAGAAGAGAUGGAAAGAAAAGCACCCGCCCUUCCGAAGUUCUGAGGACUGUUUGUAUUUAAACAUUUAUACUCCCGCAGAUUCCUCCAAGGCAUCCAAGUUGCCAGUGAUGGUGUGGAUUCACGGAGGGAACAUGAUAUUUGGGGCAGCUUCCAGGUUUGAUGGUUCCGCGCUAGCUGCCUACGAAGAUGUGGUGGUGGUCAUCCUUCAGUACAGGCUGGGCAUUUUGGGGUUCUUCAGCACAGGGGACGAGAGUGCUCAAGGGAACUGGGCCCUUUUGGACCAGGUGGCAGCUCUUAAGUGGAUCCAGGAAAACAUCGGAGUUUUCGGGGGCAAUCCGGAAUUGGUGACUCUCUUUGGUGUCUCUGCAGGAUCCAUGAGUGCUUCAGCCCAUGUUAUGUCUCCCUUGUCAAAGGGUUUAUUCCACAGAGCCAUCCUGGAGAGCGGUGUCUCACAGCUUCCAAUAGUCUUCCAGAACAGGUCUAAGUCUGCUGAAAAAAUUGCCCGUAUCUUUGGCUGUGAGAUGACCACUUCAGCCGCCUUAGUCCACUGUCUCCGGCAGAAGAGUGAGCAGGAGCUGAUCCAUGCUGACCUUAGCAGGCAGGGCUUAGGGCCAGCUUUGGAUGGUGUGUUUAUGCCGAAGACCCCAGAGGAGAUUCUGGCUGGGAGGGAGGUCAGUGCUGUGCCCCUCAUGGUCGGAGUCACCAACCAUGAAUUUGGCUGGAAUUCGCGUGUGACUGGGACCCUGGAAGGGUUUAAGGACGUGGGAGACAGGGACAGAAUCCGUACUACUUCAGAAGCAAUCCUCCCCAUUUUGGGGAUCCCACUUGAACUCCUGCCAAUGGUACUUGAUGAGUACCUUGGGGACACCAACGACUUGGAUGAGCUCAGAGAUGGGUUCCUGGACUUGAUUGGAGAUGUGUUCAUUGUUAUCCCAUCCAUAAAAACAUUACGGUAUCACAGAGAGACCGGGGCUCCCACUUACUUUUUUGAGUACCAGCACCGUCCCAGUUUGUACCACGAUACCAAACCAGACUACGUGAAAGCGGAUCACGCAGACGAAGUUGGGUUCGUCUUUGGAGGGCCGUUUCUCACUGGUGACAUUCGCCUGCAUGGUGAUGCCACAGAAGAGGAGAAAGUUCUUAGCAGAACCAUGAUGAAAUAUUGGGCUAACUUUGCUCGCAGCGGAAACCCUAAUGGAGAAGGUUUGGUAGAGUGGCCGGCCUAUAACACCCAGGAGCAGUAUCUAGAAAUAAAUCUGAAGCAGAAAGUCUCAAUGAAGCUGAAAGAGAAAAAAGUGGAAUUUUGGCUAAAGACUGUCCCUGAGAAGGUGGAUGAGGUGAGAAGAAAACACACAGAAUUGGGCAGAAAGGACUGCGAGACCUGGGAAAUGAAGCAGCUGGCACUUCCUCCUCCCCCUUGGAGACCUUUGUGCUUUUCAAAGCAAGGCAACAAACUCUCCCAGGCAGGGAAGAACAUGUCAGCUUCAGGCAAGAGUUGGCUGUUUGGAGUUCUGCUCUGUGGCCUGUCCAUCGCUGGAACUGCAGCAGGGGGCCAAAGAAAUGACCGUCCCGAAGUGGUUACCAAGUAUGGGCCCUUGCAGGGCAUGCUGGCCAGCGUGCAGGGCAUCGACCAGCCUGUGAAUGUCUUCCUUGGGAUCCCUUUUGCCAAACCGCCGGUCGGAGCCCUGAGAUUCUCCCCACCACAACCAGCAGAAGCGUGGAGCCAUGUGAGGGAGUCAACGUCUAUCCCUCCCGUGUGCCUGCAAGACUUGGGAUGGCUGGCUGACUUUAGCAAGAUUCUGAAUAUGACGCUUCCCGACUUAGCAGUGGCCGAAGAUUGUCUUUACCUGAAUGUUUUUACCCCAGACACCAAGGCCAAAUUGCCUGUCAUGGUCUGGAUCCACGGAGGGGCUCUGAUAUUAGGUGGAGCUUUUAUGAAUGAUGGAUCAGCCUUGGCUGCUUAUGAAAAGGUGGUAGUCGUUGCGAUUCAGUACAGGCUGGGUCUCCCAGGAUUCUUCAGCACUGGUAGCAGUGAUGCCCGUGGAAACUGGGGAUUGCUGGAUCAAGUAGCUGCUCUCCGGUGGGUUCAGGAGAACAUUGCACAUUUUGGAGGAGAUCCCAAUUCUGUGACCAUAUUUGGAGAGUCUGCAGGAGCAUUUAGUGUUGGUGCUCAGCUCCUGUCCCCCUUGUCCAAGGGCUUGUUCCACAGGGCCAUCUCUGAGAGCGGAGUCACUCAGCUUCCAGGCCUCAUCACUAGCUGCCCAGAAGUCCUUGCUCAAUUCUCACAUAAAAUUGCAAAAGCCUCUGGCUGUGAGGCCAGCAGUUCUGCGCUGGUUAAAUGCUUGAGGAGCAAAACAGAAGAAGAACUCAGAACCGUGAAUACCAACUUGACCCUGGGAUUUGGGAUUAUCCCCGCAGUAGUUGAUGGAGAGUUCCUUCGAAAGGCACCCAAGGAACUACUGGCCUCAAAGGAAUUCAACACUGUCCCAUAUCUAUUAGGUUUGAAUAAUCACGAAUACGGAUGGGUUGUUCCUGCGGCAAUGAACAUCUCCGGCAUAACUGAAGGCAUGGAUAAGGAGACCAUCAUUGCGUUGUUUCAGCGGAUAACCGCCUCCAUGAAUUUAUCACCUGAGCCUCUGCAGACGGCACUGGAUGAAUACUUGGGAGACACCAAGGACCGUGUCAAGUUACGAGAUCGCUUUCUGGACAUGAUGGGAGAUAUGGUCUUUGUUGCUCCUGCUGUUGAGAUAGCUAGAUAUCAUAGAGAUUCUGGAGCUCCUGUCUACCUUUAUGAAUUCCAGCACCGGCCCAGUGCAUUAAAAAACGCAAAGCCAGAUUUUGUGAAGGCAGAUCAUGGUGAUGAACUUGCCUUUGUAUUUGGGAUGCCAUUCUUAGGCAGUGAGUCAGCCACUUUGAUGGCGACAGAGGCCGAGAAAGAGCUCAGCAGAAAAAUGAUGAAAUACUGGAGCAACUUUGCCCGAAAUGGGAAUCCAAAUGGCAAAGGUUUGGUGGAAUGGCCUCAGUAUGGUCUGAAUGAAGAAUAUUUGGAAUUAAACCUGGAGCAAAGGAAAGCAGAGAAGCUGAGGAAGAACAAGGUGGACUUCUGGUUAAAGACACUGCCUGAAAAAAUGAAGAAAAUGGCUGAAGGAAAGGAAAAACAUGGGGAACUGUAGCCAGUGGCCAAAUUGCCCCAGCUUAUUUUUGUUUGUUUUCAGAACAAACACUUUCCAACAAGAAUUA